AUGAGCCUGACCUCGCGAGUCUUUGGUCUGUUUUCGACAACGGCGACCUCUGACCCUGCGACCAGCGAUUCUCCUACUUCUAUCCCUCACACAAAACUCUCGGCGCAUAAUGAAGUAGACGUCAGUGCCAUCCGCCAUGCGCCGGAUAGACACAUGCUGGACGAGGAGGAGGAGCCCCGUCCGCCUUACUUACAUGCAAUGUUGGCCGGUGGAACUGGAGGUACAUGUGGUGAUAUGUUGAUGCACUCAUUGGAUACCGUCAAGACUCGACAACAAGGCGACCCGAACUUCCCACCAAAAUACACAUCCAUGACCUCGUCAUAUGCAACCAUCUAUCGCCAGGAAGGAUUCUUACGGGGCUUAUACGGUGGCGUGAUUCCGGCUUUUUGGGGUUCCUUCCCAGGAACAGUCACCUUCUUCGGCGUAUACGAGUUCACCAAACGCGCGAUGCUGGAUCGAGGAAUUAAUCCCAACAUCGCCUAUCUCUCUGGUGGUUUUUUUGCCGACUUGGCUGCAUCGAUCGUCUAUGUACCAUCGGAGGUGCUCAAGACCCGGCUUCAGUUGCAGGGCCGAUACAACAACCCUUACUUCCACUCUGGAUAUAACUAUCGCAGCACCACCGAUGCAUUUCGAACCAUCGUGCGCCAAGAAGGGGUCUCAGCCCUGUUCCACGGCUAUAAGGCUACAAUCUUCCGGGAUUUGCCAUUUUCCGCUCUGCAGUUUGCUUUCUAUGAGCAAGAACAAAAACUAGCCAAAGAAUGGGUUGGUCAGCGAGACAUUGGGCUGGGUCUGGAAAUUCUCACUGCAGCCACAGCGGGUGGCAUGGCUGGUGUGAUUACCUGUCCGCUAGAUGUGGUCAAGACGCGGAUUCAGACUCAACAAAACCCCCCGCAGAACCCCAGUGGAUCGUCUGGAGCCAAGCACACCGGUGAUCAUGCCCCUAAGGAAAGUCCUCGACCAUAUGUCCCUGGAGCAUCGCAUUCCGCGAAAGCACACUCACGACCAAUCUCCACCUCCUCGCCAUCUACAUCGGUUGCGCCCCCAGGUGCACCGCGGUUGGAUACAUCAUCCGUAUUCACGGGGUUGAAGAUGAUCUACCGCAGAGAGGGGCUUGCGGGGUGGUUCCGCGGCGUGGGCCCCCGCGGUGUGUGGACCAGCAUUCAAUCUGGAACGAUGUUGGUCAUGUACCAGUACCUCCUGAAACAAAUCGAGGCUUACCAGAGCCUGGAGGGCUCAUCCCUGUGA